AUGCCCGUAGAUCUAUCGCUCUAUCUGGUCACGGAUUCAACCCCGGCUAUUCUCAAGGGACGAGACCUGUGUACAGUGGUAGAAAGCGCCCUGCAAGGAGGCGUGACGGUGGUGCAAUACCGGGAUAAAACCAAUGACACCGGUGUCCUGGUGGAGACUGCCCGGAAACUACACCAGGUAACAAAGAAAUAUAAUGUACCUCUUCUGAUCAAUGACCGAGUUGAUGUGGCUCUUGCCAUUGGUGCUGAGGGCGUGCAUCUUGGUCAAGAUGAUAUGAACUUCGAGGAGGCAAAGAAGCUCCUUCCUAAGGAUGCCAUUAUUGGUAUCAGUACAUCCUCGGUUGAGGAGGCAAAGAAGGCUACCGCUGAUGGCGCCGACUAUAUCGGAAUUGGUACCAUGUUUGCCACGCCUACCAAAACCAACACAAAGUCAGUCAUCGGGACAGCAGGUACUCAAGUCAUCCUAGAUGCCAUUAAAGAUUCCGCCAUUGGCACUGUUUCCAUCGGCGGCAUCAACCACUCUAACGUACAGCGAGUGCUCUAUCAAUCUCAGUCACCACAUAAAGCACUGGAUGGAGUCGCCAUUGUCAGUGCUAUCGUUGCAGCUGAUGACCCCAAAGCAUCUGCCGAGCAAUUCGCCGCGCUCAUCAAGAAUCCUUCUCGGUUUGCGCUGGCUUCCAACCCGCCUCGUGCCAACGAGGCCGAGGCCUUAGUGAAUGAGGUGCCCCAGAUCAUCCGUAAGAUGGUAGAAGUGCAUCCUCUCGUACACAACAUGAUCAACUUCGUUGUGUCGAACUUCGUGGCCAACGUUGCCCUUUCCAUUGGCGCAUCUCCCAUCAUGUCUCCGUACGGCGAUGAAGCCACGGACUUGUGCAAGUUUGAUGGUGCCCUUCUGAUUAACAUGGGGACUUUGACUAGCGACAGUGUUUCCAACUACCUGAAGGCUAUCAAGGCAUACAAUGAGCGGGGCAACCCAGUGAUCUACGACCCAGUCGGUGCAGCUGCGACACACAUUCGCCGCAAUGCAGUAACUCAACUCAUGGCUGGUGGUUACUUUGAUCUCAUCAAGGGCAAUGAAGGUGAGAUUCGCCAAGUUUGGGGUAGCAAUGCUGUUCAGCAGCGCGGUGUCGACAGUGGACCGAGUACUCUUGACGGCAACCAAAAAGCCGCCUUGGCUCGGGACCUGGCUCGCAGGGAGCGAAACAUUGUGCUCUUAACCGGAGCCACAGACUACCUCAGCGAUGGCGAGCGGGUCAUCGCCGUCGAGAACGGCCACCCAUAUCUGGGCCAAGUGACCGGAACUGGAUGUGCCAUCGGCACCAUCUCCGGCUGCUUUUUGGCUGCCCACCGCUCCGACCGACUCCUCGCAGUGCUGUCUGGAAUUCUCAUGUACGAGAUCGCAGCGGAGAACGCAGCGGCCAAAGAGCAUGUUCGCGGCCCAGGAAGCUUUGUGCCGGCAUUUGUGGACGAGCUUUACGUCAUCCGCACAGCAGCGGCAAAUGGUGAUGACAGCUGGUUUGCUGGCCGGGCCAAGGUGCACGAGCACACUCAGUCCCCAAAAGGCAAAUAUAGCCCUACUACCAAGACUAACAUCCAUCCUAACCACAGCAUCUGCGACAUCCAAGACAAAUUCCGCGAUGGAAUCUACGAGUUCCCCAAGCUCGUCUCAACAACAGAAAAGUUACUUCGCGCUGCCUCAACCCUUCAAACUCCCGUGUUCAUAACAACCCAAAGCCGCGCCAAACUCGGCAACACCGUGCCAGAACUCCAACAACACCUCAACGGCACACACAUCCGAGCUGACGUAGACAAGACCCUCUUCUCAAUGAUAACCCCGGAGAUCGAGAAGUUGCUUCCAGCCCCAGGUUCAGCGCCUCUAGACGUGAUCAUUGCCGGGAUCGAAACGCACAUCUGCGUGAUGCAGACGACGCUGGAUCUCCUCGAGCGUGGUCACCGUGUUUACAUCCCCGUCGAUGCUGUCAGCAGUAUUAACCCCGAGGAGAGGGGAAUCGCGCUUGCUAGAUUGAGGGAUGCUGGAGCUGUCAUUACGAGUAGCGAGAGUGUGCUUUUUGAAAUUCUUGGCGAUGCUUCCCAUGAAGCAUUCCGGGCUGUUAGUGGGCUUAUUAAGGAGACCAAGGAGAGUACGAAGGGGGCUUUGGGGGUUUUUUCAAAGAUUUGA